GUCAGAUUUUAGUUAGUUUUUUUUGCUCAGGAGGAAGAGUUUCUGUGGACGCCCUCUGUCUCUUAGCUGUUUACCUCGGAGAAAACGAGUCGAGGACAGAGAAGAAAACGAGAAAACGAGAGAGAUUUGAGGCCAAAGCAACAUUAAACUGUCACAAAUACAAAGCAUCGAGAAUAAAAAAAAAUCAUCCCGGAAACGGCAAACAUGAAAUGGAUGUUCAAAGAGGAUCACUCCUUGGAACAUCGAUGCGUAGAGUCAGCCAAGAUCCGCAGCAAAUACCCCGACAGAGUCCCGGUGAUCGUGGAGAAAGUGUCUGGAUCACAAAUCGUGGACAUCGAUAAGAGGAAGUACCUGGUUCCCUCUGACAUCACGGUGGCUCAGUUCAUGUGGAUCAUCAGGAAACGCAUCCAGCUGCCGUCAGAGAAGGCCAUCUUUCUGUUUGUGGACAAGACGGUGCCUCAGUCCAGCAUCACGAUGGGGCAGCUGUACGACAAAGAGAAGGACGAGGACGGCUUUUUAUACGUGGCGUACAGCGGCGAGAACACCUUUGGCGUGUGAACGCCGGGGGGGAGGGAGCUGCGAUCGCAAACCCGGCUUUGCCCGCGUCACCGCACGAACCACAGCGCAUCUUAACACCCACAUCUAAUCACCUCACCGCCCCCAACUCAGCCCCCGGAGAAUGCGAAGGGAAACGGCACAGAUUCAGCGACAUGAACGCCACAGAACGAUAGACUGAGCGCUCCUCUGACUGGAUGAACGUACAUGAGUGCACUAGUGUGUGUGUGUGUGUGUGUUCCGGCCCAUGAUGCACCUCUCCUCUAUAGUCAUAGAUCCAGUUGUGUAUUGUGUGUUUUACAUUCAGUUGUGUUUUCUUUGAUGUUGUGAUUGAACUUCAACAGUUCCACGUGUGAAUGAGUUUUGCUUUUUGUUGCAUUUUGGUUUCAUUUCCUCGUUGAAGACAAUAUUUAAAAAAUAAUCUUAAUUUAAUUAUAUGAAGGUGAGGUAGCUGGAUGACCUAACCAAUAAAAAUAUUAACUAAA